CCCCACAAACACCUCUGUCUUGCACAACUGUUGUCCCCUUCUUCUCCACUUUACACUUUUAUCAGUCUUCUCCAUUUCUCCUUCCACAAACCCUCAAAACCCUCGAAUUCUCUGUUCCCAUUUCAAAUUUCUUACCGUUAACUGCAUCUUCUUCAACCUCACAAAAAACCCAGAAAAAUCUGUCAAAACCCAGAAAGUUUCUGCUCAAGUUAACAAACACCCACCAAAUAAACCAAACUUUUUACUUUCUGGGUUUUCCUCACUCAAAUUUGAACCAAAAAAAGAUGCCAAACUCAAACCCCACUUCAAAUCAACUCCUUUUCACACUAUUCAUCCUAACAAUCAUCUCAAUUCCAUCAAUUAUCACCUCAAAAUCAACCAUUGAACCCUGCUCAAACUCAGACUCCUGCAAUGCAAUGCUAGGUUACACUCUCUACACAGACCUCAAAGUUUCCGAAGUUGCUUCCCUCUUCGGAAUCGACCCAAUCUCUCUCCUAACAGCAAACUCAGUCGACAUUUCAAUCCCAGAUGUCGAAAACCACAUUUUACCCUCACAACUAUUCCUCAGAAUCCCAAUUAGUUGCUCCUGUGUUGAUGGAAUCAGAAAAUCAGUCUCUACCCAUUACAAAACCAGGCCUUCUGAUUCAAUAACCUCGAUUUCUGACACCAUUUAUGGGGGUUUAGUUUCUGCUGAUCAGCUUAAAGAAGCUAACUCCAUUACUGAUUCUUCUGUUCUUGAUGUUGGACAGAGUUUGGUUGUGCCUUUGCCUUGUACUUGUUUUAAUAAUACUGAUAACUCUUUGCCUGCUAUCUAUUUGUCAUAUGUUGUUCAGCCUGUUGAUACAUUGGUUGGUAUUGCGGCGAUGUAUCGGAAUACUAUUACUGAUUUGAUGAAUGUUAAUGCUAUGGGAAGUACUGCUAUUUUUCCUGGGGAUAUACUUUCUGUGCCAUUGUCUGCGUGCGCAUCGAACUUUCCGAGUUCUGCUUCUGAUUAUGGCUUGAUUGUUCCAAAUGGAAGUUAUGCAAUCUCAGCAAGUCACUGUGUACAGUGCAGUUGCGGCCCAGGGAGCCGCAAUCUGUAUUGCAUGCCAGCAUCAUUGGCAGUAUCUUGUUCAAGUAUGCAAUGCGCUGGUAGCAACCUUAUGCUUGGGAAUUCUACUAUUCAACAAAGCAGUGCUGGUUGCAAUGUGACUUCUUGUAAUUACAAUGGUUACGCAAAUGGCACGAUUCUUACAACGUUGUCAACAUCCCUUCAACCUCGCUGCCCAGGCCCUCAGCAAUUCCCUGCAGUAACUCCACCUCCAACUACAGCUACCCGUGACUCCAUUUACGCCCCGGCAUCCGCUCCAUCACCAUCACCCUUACACGCAGGAGGAACUAUGAUACCCGGAUCCGGAACCGCGGGCUUGCCCCCGUUAGGUUCGCUUCCAGGAAGCGGGCCCGUUGCAAGCUUCGGGGGUUCCACCUCAGCUUCCUCUUUGGUAAACCCAUUUGCUGCCGCCUCCCACGUCACGGUUGCUUUAUGUGUGCUCCUCGUGGCUCGCCAAGGGUUCUAAUGUUCUGGUCAGGUUGGACUUGUUUGUUGUAUCUAUGUGACCUAAUUUUAAACAAUUACUAAUUCUUGGAUGCUUAAUUGGUGAGUUUUUUUUUGGGUAUUAUUAGUAGAGAAUUUGGUUAAACUCAUCAUGUAAUGUGAUCUUUGUUCAAUGACAAAACUGGGUUUCUGCAA